UUGAAAUUUUUUUUAUUGAUACUUAAGUUUUGUAAGACACUAUUUAAAAAAAUGCUUAAUUGAGUUUUUUUAUAAUAUAUAUUUGUGUAUAUUUACAAUUACCAUCGUUUUGUUCCGUAUCAAGAAACUCUUCAUCAGCUAAUCUUUCUUCAGCUUGGUUGUUGAUAUCAUUUAACCUCUGAGACGAAACUGAGUGUUUCCUGAAAAUAUGUUGACGAAAAGAUUUCCAUUUUUUAUAAGUUGCUCCGCAUCCUGCUUGUGUACAUAUCACUUUGAAUAGUGGAUCAUACUGGUGAUUACGUACAAUAUGACACAUUAAUGUGUCCGGUGAAUUACAGACAACAAAACACAUUGUGCAUGAAAAUAUACGGCUACGAUCUAUAUUAUUCAUAUUAUUAAAAUUUUUUUUUUAUUUUAAUUUUAAUUUCACUUAUAAUUUUAAUUUUAUUUUAUAUUAUUUUAACUUUUAUAAAAAUCUGAUUUUUGUGACAAUAUUAUUUUUUGGUCUCAAAUAUGUCAUGUACUCGUACUACAUUACGCAUGUGUUAAUAUAUUCUAGUCCUAACGAAAGAAUGGUAGUAAGGUGGCAUUCUUGUGGUAGACCGACUAUACGUACGUUUACUCGGCUCUCUAGAAUCCAUGUAUACUGUUACAUGAGAUAGUCCCAUAGACUCGUGCAAGUAUUAGUGUUGUCGCAUACACUCAACUCUCUUAGUAAAACAAGUAUAUACACCAGUUGAUUUUCAUUUCUUUCUUCUAUUGUCCAUUUACGCGUCUAAUCAUAUUUAUUUAUUGAGGUUAUUAAAAUUGAAUGAUAGUGUGAACUUCUAAUUGAUAUUAAAUUUACAAUUAUAGUAAUUGUAGAAAUUUCAUCAUACAGUAAUUAAUCUAGUAUGGAAAAAAAAAUUUUUUGUGCCGUCGAAGGACGGAACAAAUGCAUAAAAUUUGUAUCUGUACCUGGUAUAACUGAUUUUGAAAUCAUCAAAACAAAAAUCAAUGAGAUUUGUCAGCGUGAUGUACUAUUGAAGCCUUUUUUAUCAACAAAGAUAAUAAUUAUCCAAAAAAAAGAUUUAGAUAGUGGCAUUUGGUGUGAUGUUGAAGAGGACGAUAUAAUAGAAGAUAAAGAGAAAUUAACCAUUCUUUUCUUGCCAUCACACAACUCGACAUAUAUUGCGCCUGCUGUGGACCAUGACAAUUCUUCAAUUCAAGUACUGUACACUGAACCUGGAAUAGUACAACCUGAUAUUUUAUCAAACACUGAACUUAUUGCUAGUGAACUUGUAACGCCAGUUGAAAGUGUUGUUAUUAGUAGUGAAUCUAUUGAUUGCUUAUCAAAUGAAGACAAUAGCAAGUCUUCAUGUGACAGAUUCCAACAAUGCUCAAAUAGUGGUUCGCCGUCAAGAGAACCUCAUACUUUGCUCAAAUCAGAGCUUGAGGUGGUACCUGGCCCAAUUAUAGCGUCAGCUAGUUUACCAUCUUUAACCUAUGAUUUACAAAAUAAGUUAAACGAACACGGGGUGCUAAAAAUACAAGCCAAGCUUAUGCACUAUUGGGGAUCAUAUUUAUGGCAGAAGACAUCAGGGCGUCCGUCUAAGAAAGAUUACCAAAACUUUGCCGAUGCGAUAAUUAAAGUUUACCCGUUGUUAAAAGGUGGCUCAUCGGAAAAUAGCAUUGUGAGAUUACAACUCAGUACAUGGAUAAGAAAUCAUAGAUGUUUACUAAAAAAACAAGAAACUCAGGUUGCGCUAAAAAGAGACGCUCAUGGAGAGAUUAUUAAACCAGCUACUUCUUUUUCAGCGUUAACAACUAGUAGUGAAACAUCCGAAUCUCCAAAGUUGGACAUAAACAGAGCAUUAGUGGAGCUCGAAAAAAAACAAGGAAAAGAAGGAAAUACACCUCAUGUUAGAAGACUCUUGAAACUAACCUAUAAUGCACGACGGCUUUGGAUUCAAACUGAAGCUAAAUCUAUUUUUAAUAUUGUUGAAAAAUAUCCACAUUUAAAAGAUUGUGGGUCUAUUCUAAAUGAUUUUUAUCAAUUAAAAAAUACAACUGCUCAAGUAAUAGAACAAGAAAUUAGUGAAAUGUUUACAAAAUUGAAGAUAUUUUUUAGAGAUGAAGAAAACACUGAUUUUGAAAGAACAGUGCUUUUAAAAUUAUAUGACAGAUUAACGAAGAAACUCAAAAAUCAAGCGAAGCCAUUGUUAACUUUUCAAGAGGCACGUUCGAGUACCGAUAGUUUAAUGGCAGAAGAGGGUGAAUCUCCUCGUGCUGUAAUAUAUACUGAAAAUAACAAAAUCAAUAGUGCAUUUAUUGUUGCUGAUAACAACAUCAUAGUUACGAUUGAAAGUCCAAAAACAUCAAAAGUCGUAGCUUGUUUGUUAGCAGCUUAUUACGUAUGGGACACUAAAUUUCCUAAGCCGUAUUUAAAUGUUUUACAAUACAUCGAUAAUCAAGUUCUUGGAACAUCUAUAAAAAAUAAUGUCGUCUAUAAAUUCAUCAGGAUGCGAGAUGAAGCUUUUGUUUAAUUGCGAUAUAAAGAACCGAAAAUUUUCAAUUUUUAUCAUAUUCUUUGAUUUCAAAAGAUCUUUUCAUUUAAAUGUUCAACAUGUAACUUCUUGUAUAGUAGCUUAAACUUUUUUGAUAUUUAAUGUAAUUUAAUUACUUGUUAAUACUUAACUCCAACAGUAAAUCAUACUUUGGAAUUUGUUAAUAACUCAAUAAAUAACCAGUUAUUUAAAAGUUACUUCA